AUGUUUAAGGUUUUUUUCAUGUUCGUUUUCGCAAAUUGUCAUUUAUUUUGUUGCCCAUAUGAAGACGAAAAGUUCAACAAAACAGUCCAGGAAGGACAUUUCAACAUGAAAUGCGAGAAAAUGGUAUGUAGAGACUGUGAUCAUUUAUUUCCUAAAUCGAGUUUUGAUAAUAUUUCUCAUAACUAUGUACAAUACUCUAGUUUAUUUAAUCGUUCCCUAAUCAUCAACAGUUUCUUGAACGCGAGAUUUUUACAAUUUAUGAUUUGAAUUUUAUCUUUACAUGUGUCUUUCUCAAAAGUACGGUCACCCGUUACUGAUGAAUGUGAGUAGCAUGAAUUUUUGUUGUUUUAUUUAAACCUAUUUUAGACUAAAUUUCAACUGACACAGAGAGCAGAACAGAAACGUCACUGAAUAAACGACCACAGCGAGCGAAGAUAUCAUUCUAUCGAAUAUUUGAUCAUGAAUAGUCGACUUAAUCUCUUGUGUUAUCAUUGCACCAUUUUAUUGUGUUUGAAUCAUAACACGCCUAAGACAUGCCGCAGUCUGGACCCUUUCGGUUGCUGCUCUUUUAAAUACGUCGCUUUGUGAGCAGGAUUUUCCUCCUUUGUCUCUGCAUGAAGUAAGCAAGAUGUAUGAAUUUAUAAUCGCAAUGGUGAACGAGUGUUUUUUUUAUCUUUUACUUGCAAUUGCUGUAUUUUCUCUUUCUUGCUCAGAAAAUUUAAACUAUCUUUACCCUUGGAAUACUUUCCGUCAGUACGCUAAAAUCAACAAUUAUUUCACGAGCUGGGAACUGUUUUAAACGCCAUAAUGCUGAUUGUAAGCUUUGCAGUUACUUGUUCGCGAAUUCUUUUUUCCGAACCUUGCCGUUAUGAACUCACUUUUCACCAAAGCUUGCCUUGAAAUAAAUACUAGCCUUAUAGAAAAAUUACCUAGGAAAACGUUGCACCUCGGAAACUAAGACUUUCUCUCGUAAUUUUCUUUCAACCCAAACCUGUGAAAAAUAAUUUGACAGUGCUGUAAAUUAUGGCGAUAUAGGCCUGUAAUUAAGGGAGAUGAAUAUGAAAAUUACAAGAAAACAGGAAAUAAGCAUUGACACAGAAAUUUGCAACAAUGUACCAGCAAUCAUAAAGACCCUCAUGUUUUCCAAAUUAAGAUAAUUUUAAAUUUGUCUGUGAAAACUUCCUUUUGCCUUACGUUUUCCGCUUCGAAACAUUUCGUUUUUAUGAAAUUUCCACUCAAAAAAGUCUGUUUCUAUUUAGUGCGGAUUUUUAGUAGUAUUCAAAAUUUCUGAACAUUCUUUGGUAAUGAGAGUGUUUUGUUAUCGUCAGAAAAACAUCUUACGCUAUAAUGUGAAAUUUUGUUUUCUUAAACCUUGUAUUUUGCUGGUUUGAAAAUAUUUUUCUAGCCUCAAGUCAUAGAAAGUCGCAUGGUUCUUUUGAUCAGCUCGCUCUGAGAGAGCCGCAUCACAAAAAUGCUAAAUGUGCCACUAACAUCUAGAUACAGUUUGUAUUUCGCCUAUUUCACUCUCAGAUAGACAAGGCACUCUCCUUAAACGACAUUAGGAGUAAGGAGGUUGCAUGUAAAGUUAUCAGUAAUGCGCGCGAUGCAAUUUCGAAGGAAGAAAGCCGAGAUGAUUUCAGUUCCAUUCGGGCAAAUAAAGAAAGACCGCCUUGAGACUCUCUUAUUAUUGUUGUAAACAUUAAAAGGAAUCUUUCCCAAAAAAUCUCUCGGUUCAGUUAGACUUUUUGUGCCAGAUCUAUCAAAUUCCUAAACUAGGACAGGUCAUAUGAUCAGUGAGAAUCUACCGCACGCUUUUCUCUGGCGGCAAUCAAUGUUAUUGCCAGAUUUUCUCUCUCAACUUCAAUAUCUUUUGACUUCAACCAACGUCUAAAGCUUUAGCCAGGAGCAUUUCAAGAAUUACGUCGGGUUUAUAGGGUACUUUAGAUUAAGCAUUUGCUUGAGAGCGACGGAAAUAAUUGCAAGUGGGAUGUGUUUUUGACGUGUUCCGUGCAUGCUUUCCAAUAACACCUCAUACUUAGCGGCUAUAUGUAGGCUGGGAAAAUUAUGAUAGCAAAUGAAACUUUUACUAUAUUCGGACUUAGAUUACAGUUUGAAGACAUCGAUAUUUGUGAUUACCUGUUGUAAAGGACGACUCUCAAAAACUGAAAGAACAUUCGCUCUGCUUUUUCAGUUUCACCUGUCCUGGAACACAUGAAGGGAAAGGAUUACUGUAUCUUCUUUGCAUGCAAGUGAACAUUAGCUUGAUACAAAACUUUAAGUUCAUCUUUUUAUUAGAUAUUUAUGUGUCCCUUCACUUCAACGGAUAAAUAGAACGGUUUGCGUUAAAUGUAGGCCAAGCUGCCGUUCUGAAGGGAGUCAGCUUGGACUAUUAGGAUGUUGUGUUGCAUAUUUGAUUGUACUGAGGUUUAUAACGACAAAUUGAGCCGACCGAAUCUCAUUUGCCCGUCAGGAAGCAUUGGUUUCCAGUACUGGGAAAUCCUAUAGAAAACCGGUUAAAACUCUAAUAAAGGGUAGGAACUUCAAAAACUUACGUAGCUGAUACAGACAUUAUUAAUUUGGAGUAUGAUUUUGGGUAAGGGUACGGUUAUGAUGAGAUAAUAUCGAACUGAAAGUUAAUUCAAAAAGAAAGUUUGAACUCAGUCUUAGCUCCUUAGGCCUGUGUUACUACUUAUGUGUUCUAUUUUUAAAAAUCGCUGUCAGCAGCUGAAUCCUUCAUGUAAAGAAACAGAUGUAGCGGAAAAGAAGAGGGCAGUCAAGUAUCCACUGAAUGUAUGUUCACCUUGAAAUCGGAUAUGAUUCCAAAAGUGAUAUGUGAAAGUUACUAGCAGUUAGGCCUAAGAUUUUCAGUUAUUGAGGUAUCGAAUGACCUUUUUGACUACUGAAUUGUGAGCAUCUAAGUACUUUUUCUAAUUUUCCUUGCACGAAAGGAUCAACUGAUUUAUGUUGCAUGUAGCUCUAUUUUUUUCUUGCAGCCUCCAUAUCCAACAUCUCGUUCUUUAAUGUUGUUAUUUUCCUCACUACCUAUUGUGAUAUCGAAGUAAUGUCGCUUUGGUAUAUUGGGAUCACGGUUUGUUUUUUGAGCUCUUCGGUACAUGAAAAACUAUCGAGCUUUUUUUAUGUGUCAAAAAGAGACUUUCUCAGGCCGUAAAAUCCAUAUAAUGUAACUUUAGAGAAAUUAUGAACAAUCUUGAAUAAAAAAAGCAAUUGGGAAUGGCAAAUUUUUUGAGAAAAUUUAGCAAAAGUCGGAUUUAUGAGGACUAAUGCUAAAAUUUAAUGGAAGUAUUUGAAAUCUCUCUAUGCAGGAGAGGAAAUUAGAUGAAGAAAUCCACUGAAAACUACCAUUGCAUGCUUACAUUUUUUUUUUACUUUUAUAAUUGAUGGAUGUGCUUCUCCAAUUUUCCAGGGUUGCAUGACCAAAGGGUUUUGGCAAUCAGCCUCUCGGAAUGGCAAAUGUAAACAGAGAACAGAAACCGGAAAUUACCAACAUAUCGCAUCGCUAACAAAAGAAUUGUAGCCCAGAGGCGUAUACGUUCCUUUUGUUAAUAGCUCAGAAAUAUCUCCACUUUGUUCCCAUGCAGUAGGAAGAAAUUAAAAUGAAACUCUUUGCAAAGCAUGCUAAUGACUUGGGUGUCCAAUUUAAACUCUCUAGUUGAAAAGUGGCAGUAAUUAAUCGCUGUAAUGGGAUUAAUCAGUGAUGUCCCUUCAAUAAUAGCUGUAUAUCUGAUAGGUGCAUAGGACCCACUUAAACCAUGAAAAUUAUUUUGAUAUUAAUUUAACGAUAACAAAAUCACGCUACAUAACUGAUACCCUUCUUUUGUAAAAUAUAAGCCUCUUAGUUUCCCUACAGGUUUCCUAGCCACAUGUUAAAUUUUCAAUAUAUUAUAUAGUAUCAUAUCAAUUCCUUUUUAAUUCUAUUGAUGAAUUACAAUCAUAAACAAACAAACAAUAAGCAGUUGGAGACAUCUUGAAAGACAGCGCUAAAAUUUAUCGGCUCAGUUUUUUUUCGCCAUUUUGUGAAUUCAAUUUGCCAUUAAUUUUCUUUUCAGACAGUGCAGUUUUCGAGUGCAGAAGUUCAGUGGUCUAUCGCUCGUUACAUAGAGCCCUUCGUCGGAGCGAUCGACGAAGGGCAAACGCUCGAAUCGUCAGCUUUGCAACUCAUUACGGUAGCCAAUUUACAUUAUCAACUCAGUUGAUAAAACCAAAAUUAUCUUGUGAUACUCCUCCACUGACGCAGCACCACAGUUUCAUUAGAAACUUACUCUCUUUGUAUUUUUUUUGGUUCUAGAUUUUUAUACUUUGUCGGUAAUUUUACAGGUCACUGGUAUAAAAGGAAGUCUUCGUCCCUUCAGCUGUGGGCACCAGUGUAAAGAGGUAAGUCACUAAGGAUAACCCUUUAACUCCCAGAUCAAAUUUGUAAUUCUCCUUACUGUCAACCAUACAAUGCUUACAAUGUUAGUUCGGAGAAUUUAUUAUUGGAUCAACUCAUUAUCCCCAAUUUGAUAUUUUUCUUUAUUCUUAUCACUUAUCUGGUUGAUAUUGUAUUGAUAUUGUAAGGAUAAAUUCUGUCUUGGUCACUCAUGGGAGUUAAAGAGUUCAAUAAAUAAACCAUUUGCCGAAACAACAACCUUAAGUCGAAGUCAUGUACAGAUCAAAACAGAUGGUUUGUUUUUCUCCUUUCCAAGACCACUGAUUUUGCUCUGAUGGUUUCGGCCAAAACAAAAAUUUCAAUCAGGAACAGAUAGAAGUUUAAAUAAUGUCGAUGUAAGGCAAUGUAUAAACCAAUUACAAUCAUUGUGCAGCAAUUGUCAAUUGAGCGUUAUUUUGUGAUUUGUCUAAAAUGUUACACCACUUUGUCCGGCUAAUCAGAUAUAUAAACAGGUAGUUCUUUGCAAUUUAGUCUCUUCGGUUUUUCCGCACUUUGAAGUUCACAUUUUUAGUCAAUGUACUUAUACAGGAUGUUUUCCAAGUUCUCAUUUUCUCUUUCUCUCUCUCUCUCUCUCUCUUGUGAACCAUAUUGCUUAUUAUCUUUUUCUAGACGACAAUAACUUAUCAUUGAAUCGUAAGAGAAACAUUGCCAACCGAGUAUCGAAACUGAUCUGGGAUUGCACUAGUUUCGCUUUUCUUCGCUCCGUAAUUGGUCCAGAAACUCGUGCCACUCUCUCCACCAAUCAGAUGCAAAACUAAACCCAAGCAAGAGUUGGUCGCCAGCGUUUUCCAGCGCAAUAGGCCAUUUUGAGUUUUCACCUUCUCUUACAAGUAUUUUGUGGCCAUUGGCCAUUGUGAUUACUUUGGUUUCGGUUUUACGUUACUCAAUCUAAAAGCGCUCCAUUGUUAAUUAAAGCGCUGUUUUGGCUGAAUUUGAAGUUCCGUAGUCACCACUGACACCACUCCCCUCUCGUUAUAGUGCAAGAAGCCAUUCAAGUUUUCCAAGUUUAAUGCAAUAACUGUGAAAGAUUGUAAAGCUAAAUGCAACCAAGUAAGUAAUUCAAUAACCAAUUGAUAUAGAAGUUGAUAUGAGGAUUCCUUACGUAAAACGUUAAGUACGUUCAUUGAUGCGGUGACAAAGCUGCACGGACUUGUUUCUUAAAAGUCACGAUAGUAAACGGUCCCAAAAUCUGAGUAGUAAUACCAGUAGCUUCAUGCUUUAGAUCUAUUCCGGUUGAAGAGGUCACUUGGCUCGUGUACAGACUUCUCUUACUUACGUUGAGUCUGGAAGCAUUUAAUAAUACCGCGGUUUUUGAAACCUGUUCCUGUUUCAGACUGACCCGUGUGAAAAAGGAUGCGAGUUUCUUCAAAGCGUUAUUAAUUCAGGUAUUUAUCAUUUAAAACACUCUUUUUAAAUAGAUAUAAUAGAGAGAAACACAUUUGAUUUAAAAGGGAAGCCAGCAUUAAGCCUUAGUAUGCAAGAGUGUAAAAAAAACUUCGGUUGAGAACCAAAACCAGGAAAUUAUGACGGCACUAUUUCUUAGGUUGAUUUUCGCAGCAUAAAAGCAAUUCCAUGAUUGAGCUUCAGUUCAUGCUUUUCUCUUUAGGGACUCGUCAUUUCCUUUUUGGCAGAUGAUGAAGGGGGGGGGGGUAGAGGAUUUUGGAGGGACAUCCCAUGGUUUUCAGGCAUUGGGAACAGGGAGAAUCAAACGUCACGACAGAGUAUAAUAGGGGACUAUAGAAAGAAAAUGACAGAUCACUAGCAAUGACAGGAUCAUAAGAAUAUUGAAGAGCUUUUUGGGGGGAUUUUAUAGUGAAAAUCAAAAUACACAUUCCUAUCCCGCUCUCUAUUGACUUAUAUAUAUAUAUAUCAAGAUACAAUAAACGCUACGUAACCCCACAAAAAGGGAAGAAAUCCCAACAAGAAUGACCCUUGCGUUAGCAGAUGAUCACCCGAGGCAAAUUUGAACUGAAUCUCACGGGAGAUGAGCACUGACCAGUUGGCUUGGUUGGUAUAGCCCUGUACUACCAUACCGACCAGUCCAACAUGCAGGGUUUUAUUUCAGCUAUGUGGAGAAUGUGCUGUGUGGAGAAUAACUUCUGAGACUCUCUAUUCUUUUCCGAUUAAAACGAUGAACCGCAGGCCUCUUUUGGUUUUCGCGCUCCUGCAAUCGCGCGAGACUUAUUUUUUGUGUUCACCUUGCGUCUGCCUGAUCCGCUGGCCAGAACAACGCAAAAAUAACUACGCACGGCUACGCAAAAUGAACUCCGUAGGCCAUGUAAAUACCCAUAUCCUUGUUUCCUUCCUUUCUUUGUAAAUUGUCGGAUGCAAUGCGGUCGCAAUCUUCUGCAAAGGGAUCUAAAGCGCACCCAGAAAGAAAAGAAAAGUGUUGUAUAAAUGCAAUAUCAUCAUUGUUAUAAAAAUAAAUCUAUUGUGGGAAAUAGUAGUAAAUGCUGUUGGAAAGUGCUCAAUACACAUGAGUGUAGAGCGAAAUACAGUUCAAAAUGACUAAAAUGAAACACGCACGAUUCCCUGUUACUCUGAGUUUCGUGCUUACGCACUGAUAUACAUCAAGUUGCUUGGAUCAUCCUCUCCCAUCAACUCCUUUGUAACGCAGAUGAUAGAUCGGGUGGCAUCUGGUAUGACACAAGGAAAAUCACCUCCAGAGGACCGUACCUUUUCUGUCGUACGUCAACAGAGUUAUUGGUUAACUUUGAGUUUCGUCUUGUCGCCGAGAGCGCAGCUGGAUUUGAGCCCGUUACCUUCAUUAUCUUUGUAAAGACGACGACGCAAGAUUGGUAUAUACUAACACUGGUAAGUAAUCAUUCUUUUUACGCAUAUGUUGAUCAAUAACAAAACUAAGCAGAUUGUUUGGCUUGAUUCUCAUCAAAAAGUUAUUAAGAAGUUGACUCCUCGCUUAAAUUCUUACUAAGAAUUUUUUGAUCGUCCUUCAUUUAUAUCUGUUACUGUGCCUUAUCUUCCUUUAAAGAUAACGAACAUUCCAACAUCAUCAUAAUUUUUAUUGGGCAAUUCACUCACGUGAUUAGGGACCUCCGCUCCUCUGAUUGGCCGAGAUUUUGUCCUAUGUACCUUGCCUUAAGCAGCCUGCAUGAGUUGUUUUUAAUACAGAAGCUCUAGUUGAAAAAUAGCAUUAGCAUUAUUUUUUAUUUUUCGGAAGAAAACAACCAGACCAAUAGGUCGAAAGAACAGCAAAACAAGAAAAAAAAAAGAAAAGCCAAUUUUACUGACUGAAUUGAAAUCAUGUAUUAAGUUAUUCUCCUCCUGCCUAAUUUGUUAAAAAAAAUCGCUCUCAUUAAUUCCUUUGCAUUAAUUGCUUAACGAUGUUUAGCUCACCUUCGGCAAAUAUUGAAAAUGAUACUUAUUCAUAAUUUUUAUCAUCAUAACAUCAUUGUAAUAAUUAUUACCCUUAUUAUCAUACUCAUGGCAAUUAUCAUCAUUGUCAUUAUUAUUUUUAUCAUCCGUUUUUUUUUUCAAGUUAGAACACGCAUCAACGAUAUAAGAGCAUUUAAGUUUUUUUUUUGGACUUCUAAUCACAGCCAAUACACAGUCUCACACUGUUAUCAAUUCACUCUUUUUUGCAAUGCUCUUCGAAGCAGAGUGGCGCUGGUCACAGACAGAGCGCCUAGUGCAGGCUAAAUAUAUUCAUAUAUCAUUUCAAUUCAGUCUUCAGAGCUUCCAUUCUAUGCAAAUGAUCUUCAUAAAGGCUUUAAAAUGCAAGUAGCUUUUGCCAUGGUAACAUCAAAGGGACUACACUCUGCACAAGAUUUUAAAAGAUUCCGCAAUAUUAGCAAAUGGAUGUCGACGUUGAGUGGUAAGUCUUUUUUUGCGAGAAGAUUAAAACUGAAACAAAAAAUUAAUCUGGUAACAAAAAUUAUCAAGAAGUCCUCAGAUUUAAUCAUUUUGACAAUUGUUUUCUGUUCAUCAGUUGAUAACAUUAAAUGCAUUUUAGUUGAUAUCGAGUAAGUCACGACUUGCCGCCGUCAAAAACCGCAUGAAGCAUUGAAAUUUUAAAAAAUUUGCUCUCACAACAGCAUAUCCAUGUGAACAAUAAGUAACAGUCUAUUUUUCACAGAAAGAAUCGAAGAAUAAGCCUCGUUUCAUAGACUCUUACAUCCUUAAGAGUGAUCAGCAUCUAAUCUCUCCUGACAGCAAUACUCCUCGAUCAUUAAUUAAGAUCACGAGUAAAAAGGAAUUGAUCGCCAACCAAAGAAUCUUUGAUUAUUAAAUAAAUUCUCCUUGUCAGUACUAAAGGAAAUCAUAUUGAGAAGAGUAUGGAGAAAGUAGAUACUGAUGUUAGGGUGUAAAUGUUUUAUAUUAACGUCAGGUUUCCCAACAUAAAGUUAUCCUAGCUUCUAGUUGUUUUUCCGAAAAGUACUGCACGACAACGCUGAACAGUCAAUCGUAGGGGUGGUGCGGUGAUACUGAAUUAAAUAAAGCCGAUAUAACAAUUUUAGAUGUGUUUUUUAAGAAUGUCAUAUUUUCUCUGUAGUUUUUAAAAUAUUCGUAAUCUCGUCUCAUUUCUCAUACAACCCUUCUUGAUCUACUGCAUUUUAAUUCAGAUGAAGAUCCUAUAGACCCUCCAAAGGACGUGAACGUUGAUUUGAAACCAGCAGGCAACAAAUUUGAGGCCCAUGUGACUUGGGGUUUGGCGCCGCACAGUAAGUGAAUUUUUGCGCGAAACUCAGAUUUGACUGAAUUAUAAUGGCACACAUCAAGAAAACUGAGAAACUUUGGAUCACCACUCUUUUCUAUAAAACAAUAGAAAAAUCUGCAUGAAACGAAAACAACAUUUUUUUAAAAUUCUGUCGUUUUUGAUGUUACUCAUAUGAAUGCACCCAAUCUUAAAUACGAAACUUUUGAAGCUGGGGAGAGGUUUAGCCUGAAUUUCAACGUUUUCAGAGUUGUUUGCCUGAGAGUUUGACGUGGGUGUCUAAGAUAAUAAUAAUAAUUUAUGGACUUAUAUCGCCCGGUUAUCGAUAUAAAAGUUUUAGUUGCGCAUUGCAAUGUUAACAACUUAAACUACACCAAAACGUUAAAGUUGAAGGUCGACUUCAAGGUUGAAAAUAAAAUAUAUAUUCAAAUUACAAGAAAAUUAGCUCAUAGUAAGGAGAAAAAAAAACAAAUUCUUAACAAAAAAAUCUCAAUCGAUCUUAUCUCUCCUUGCCAAAGGCAGAAACUGUUUCAUCGAUUUUUUGGUUGACUCUUGUUGAAAAUUUUAUAGGCAAAACAUGUGACUACAUGAUUGACUGGCGAGCUAAUGAGGAAGAUCACUGGAAUAUUGAAAGAUAUGAACUUGAUCGACAUAAGGUAGGCUGCGCUCUUACUAAAGUCAUUUGAACUUUUAUCGAUCUAAUAAGUUUUUCAUUUCUGUUUUAAUUCUAUCAGCAUCAUGUAGGUACAAAGAUGUAUUAUGUGCUGCAAGAUUUAUUGCCAAACGAGAAUUACACUAUAGAUGUAAGUUUUUAAUUAAUUCAUUUAUUUUUGACACGCAUUUGAUAACGUUAGCUGUCAUAUCAAAUAUUUUCACUUGUUUGUUGAUAAAGCUGUACUACCAAAAAAAGACUUAAAAAGUCCUACGCAAUAUAACGUUUUUUUAGGUUUUCAAACAACAUCCUCUGCUUUGAAUGCACGUUUGUCUUUCAACUUCUGAAGAAAAUUCGUCUCUGUAAAAUUUCUGUGAUUUUCAUCAUUGUUUUUCACGAAAGGAUUAGUAGAUAUUGGUAUGAGAAAUUUAAAAGUGGAACUUCAUUAUCGCAAAGAUAAGUCCUUUAUGACACAAUUUCCCUGGCAAAUUGCGUCAAGAGAAAUGUGCCUCUCAAUCUCACGCAAUAUGAAGUGACCGUGAAAAAGAAUGAAAUAAUAUUUAGUUCCUAUGCAAUAAAUUAUGCCAUUGUUUAGAUUGCGCGUUGCACAGAUCAGGAAUAAUCAAGUCUUUUUUCUCGCAUUUUAGAUCAUAUCCACCACUUCUGAUGACAAAGAAAAUAAAAGCACCGUCUAUAUUGUUACUCCAUCCUUGAGUAAAUAUCACUUUUUUGAUCAUAAUCACAUAUAUGUAGUGAUUGUUUAUUCUUCUGUUCUAUCAGGAGUCCAUUGAGUAAUGAGCUAAUGGUUCUAUACCAGUCCUUUUGCCGUGAUAUGAUGUAGAUAGUGCACUCCGACAGUUAUUUGGUGCGGAAAUAUUUUUCUUUGAUUAGCCAUUGCAUAAAAUUCAUCAGCGUUGACAAGUUCUACAGAUUUAAAAGGCUUAUAUAUCGAUCAGAAAAUGUGACAUGAUUCUUUAAACGAAAUUUAAAAUUUUUCAUCUUAUCAAUAUUCGUACAACUGAUCUAGCUUUAGAAUAAAUUAGGUCAUGAUCAUCAAUUGCCCUUACACCUUGAUUUUCUCUCAGAUUGCUCCAAUAAAACUGGCUUUAAUUACACCUGCAGUGAGUAUAAAACCUGCAAGGCGUUUUUUUUUUAUGUCAUUGGCAAGUGACAACAUUAUUUCAUUAGUCUCGAGUUUUAAGUUUGAAGUUUUCAAUUUUAUUGCCAGUUAUUUUUCAUGAAUGAUAACGCUAAACAAAGAAUCAUAAAGAUACAAUCAUGUUAAACUAACGUACUUUUUAAGAGCAAUUAAAAGUUUAGUCUGUUCCAGGCAUUUAGUGGGUAAAACGGAGUGAAAUAAUAAAUGGCGCGAAAAUUGCAGGAGAGAGAAAAAGCGAGCGAAGCCUGGAUCGGAUAAAGCUCGAUCCAGAACUCCCUCGUUUUUUCACUCCUCCAACAUUAUAGCGCUGUUUACUAUCGUUUCAUCAACGGAACGCCUGGAACAGACCAUUCAAAAUUGAUAGUCGAAAGCUGGACAUCCGGGGUUUCAUAGGUUUUGGUUCCUUUGCUAUGUGAUUGUCAUAUAGGAAUCUCGCGCCGCCCUCUCAAGCAAUCAGAUCAACAAAUAAAUCCGUUAGCAACUUGAUCAGAUUUUGCAGCGGGAUGCAUGACCAUCUCAGAGAGCUGGUUCUUUUGCAAAGCCAUGAGAGACAAGGACUCUUGAGACUGGAUUUAAAAUCAACCAUCUUUCACACGGACCCUAUCCUUCUCUCUUUCCCAGUCCUUGGUCCACCAGAGAACCUAACCUUGGUCAACGUCAAACACCUGUCACGCAAUACGUCAAAAGCUGUGGUCACGUGGUGGCCGCCACAUAAUAUAUUCUCUACAGAUCAUAUACAAGAAUACAGAUUAACGUGGAGAAAGAUUCCCAUCCUAGUAGGACAAAUGUCCGAACCUCAUAGUGAUUCUACAAAAUUACCACCAGUAAGUAAGAAUCCUGUUAGGAAGAUCUCUCUGAAAUUUGAGGGAAACCUCGAAAUGACCAGCUGUUCUGGCAGAAAACUCACGAAGGGGGUAUCACCAAGUAAAAUUUUGAAUCGGCUCUCGAGAGCCACAAGAUCAAGUAACAUCCUCUGUUAAAGUCUCCUUCAGUCGAUUGAUUUCGUUUCGCAAAGCAGCGAAUUGUUACGAAGGAGACCGGCUUUUUCAAGAAUUUUUCUGUCGUAAGUUCGCGCACACUAUGCCAGCCAAUUGAAACCAAUACUUUGAAGUAGCGCUCAGCAUUCUUAGACGGUCAGGUUUCGUCGUGAUAAACAUAAAGGUUAAUUAAUCAAAUGGCUGGCUGAGAGCGCGGACACGAUGAAGGGAAUCUCAACUGGCUACGUACCUCAAGUGCGCUGAACAUUGCCAUCUUUGUUACCGCAAUAGAGAAUAGUUUUGGUAUAAUACUUUGGAAUAAUAGUAAAUGCCUCAUCGACCAAAACUGUUCCGUCAACAUGGCUGGAUAUUUGCCCGCUCACUUUUGCGUUUCAAUGAACUUUAACUUUGUUUCUGCCCAAGGGGAGCGCAAAAAGGUACUUGAGAAAAAUCCAUCAGAUCUAAUAUCCUCGUUUAUUGUUGUUCUCUUACAGGAAAACACCAGUUUUCAAUUGGUUGGUCUUCACAAUGGUUUCCCUUACAUCUUUACGGUAGACUCGUAAUUCACUUUGCACUUAAAUGGCAUAUAAUUGAUUCAGUUUUAACCUCGGUGCCCCCUUCAAGGGGCUGAUACACUUUGUUUGUUUUAAAGAUCUCUGAUAACACCUGAUCGAUCCUUACCUCACUGUUUGGGUCGUCCAUUGUUUACACCUUCACGUGCUCAGUACAUUUGAUAUUUCAUUUUGAUAACAUCAGGUAGCAGCAGUAUCACCAAUGACAGGGAAAGGAGAGGAAGCGAAACUCUUUUUUAACACCUCAGGUGCGUCCGUGAAUCGUAUCAAAUUGGUUGAACCGUUCGAAUCAAAUAAAAGAUAAGCACAGUCAACUCUCCGCUAAUGAACACUUUCCCGUUUUGCCUCCCAGUCAGACUCUGUAUUUACACAUUUCCGUUAGUGGACACUCUCUUGUAAGCGAGACGCGCACACUUUUGAAAAUGAAAAUUGGGCUUUUCGUUUGUGUACACUCUAUCGUAAGUGGACACCCCAUGCAUAGUAAUUGACUCUUAGCAAUGAAAUUUUUCUUAACUUGCAAAUCAACAAAAAUAUGACCUGACGCAGGAACAGAACAAAGGGUGUUUGGUUUUUUCCGUUCGUUUUACAUGAAUAAGACCCCUACAUGACAUUAGUGGUCGUUGGUCAUGGUCUACGUUAAAUUCUCAAGUAAGCGGACAUCCGCCCCAUUUUUCUUACGUGAUCGCUCAUGGGAUUAAUUCUCGUAGGUGGACAGUUCCACUAACGGACACUUUUUCCAAUUCCCGAGGGUGUCUGCUUCGAAAGAGUCGUCUGUAUUAUGGGCUUCAGAACUCACCGUGAAAUCGAUAUCAUGGAUUACUGCAGAGUAUUGCUGCUCCUCCAAUGUUAAGUACUAAUCCGUCCCUGUCUAUUCACCUACCCCCCACAACCCCUCACCCCACGGUCACCCUCAGUAUUUUAUCUUACUUCUCUGAUGAUCAUCUACACUGUUGUGUGGAGAGAGAAGGGCUGUUCAAUCGAAGAAAUAUGUUUUAUCUAAGGACAUGAUCUAAAUGACUCAUCGAUUCGGAAUGCAUUGUGCUAACUUCUAGCCUGGCUUACUUCCCUUCAAAUGAUAUGAAAUAUUGAUAUUUCUACCGCAUGCUCUUUUUUCACAGGUCCUCCUGUUCGCGGUAUCAAAUACGCCCAAUCUUCACCUACCCAUAAGGCGGGCACGCCCUUCCCAUAUCUGGUGACAGCACUCGUGCUGAUAACUGUACUUGCCUGCUUCUUCGGUGCCACCUAUUUAUACAUCAAGAAGAAAUACGGAAGUAUAUCCUCAGCUGUGCAGCAGAUGCAAGUUCAGUAUAUCAACAGCAGAGCUAUGUAAGUUGAAGCUUAAAGUUACAGGCUUAAAUCAAAUUUGUGUUCGAGCAGAUAAUAAAGGCAAAGCCUCUAACCAUCGGCUGCAUGUGGUAAGCAUACAAAGGAAGCUUAUGGGAAACCCGAAGAAGAUUGUGCUAAAGAAGUUGGAACUAAAACCAAGAAUCGAAAAUAGUGAAAUAUGGCUUACUUCAUGCGUCGAAACUUGUAAUGGGCACAAAAAGAACCCUGUAGGAGACUGAAGCAUUUUGAAAACUAGAAGUGACCGCUAUUCCUGAAACUUAAAUAUUUAGUUUUUACUGGUAAAAUGUUUUCAGGUUGUUAUUUAACGGAGGCACGUUUUCGUCGGAUCUCCCUACCAUUGAGCCUGAUGAAUGGGAAGUGGAAUACAGCAGUGUUGCCUUCGGACAGCAGAUCGGCGAAGGAGCUUUUGGAACUGUUUCCCAAGCCACCGUAAUCGGCUUGAUGGGUUUUCCAGCACUUAAGGAAGUUGUUGUUGCUGUCAAGAAAUUAAAAGGUAAAGCAGUCGAUAGUUGAGAAUUGUUUUAUGCUCGAUCAACGUACGUGUACCGAGGUAUGGAUGCACACGAGAAGUUCGGAGAGCACAAGGGAAGCUUACUUGUUGUUUGAGCGGCGCUCAAGAGCAACUCAAGUCUAUUAAGCCCUCUUUGCACUAAACUUUCCGAGUGCAUUUACACCCCAGUCGCUUAAGCAAAUCCAAAAGUAUUAAACGACUCUUUUCUAAUAAGGUGGAAACAAUUUGAGCGCGAUAAAUAGGAUUUGGAUGUUAAUAUUGUCGUGACACUAUAAUGAUGUCACUUGGAGUAAUGUUAACUUUAAUGACGUCAUCAGGAGAGAUGCGACAUAAUGAUGAUGUCAUUUAGGGUGAUGCACCAUCAUAAUGACGCAAAGUGAUGUAAUUUUAUUUAAUGCAAUUUUCAAUAACAUGACAUCAUCAUAGACUAUUGAUCCCUCGGAGCUACUUGACUUUUUUAUGACGUUAAUGCUUUAACUGAUAACAUAAAAGUUACUUGAAGGAGCUACUUUUUCAAUCUGUGAAGCACCAACCGAGGACUAUAAAAAUUUCCUUCUAUUUGUCUGGUUUUUAGCAAACGCAAACGUGGAAGACCGGCGGAACUUCCUCACAGAGAUAUCACUGAUGAAAAGCAUCGGCAAACAUCUGAAUAUUGUCAGCAUGCUGGGAUGUGUGACGAGUAGCGGCCCGCUAUGUCUUAUCACCGAGUACUGUCCUCAUGGAGAUCUCAGGAACUACCUCAGACUCAUUCGGGAUAAGGUGGGAGAUUGUGUAACUUUGAACUGAGUGUUACUAUGACUACUUUGGUAUUGCUUUCGGCGUUCCGUGAUUGGUCUAGGAGACUCGAACCACACUUUAUUUCGAUCAGAAACAAAAUGUAGACCAAUCCUAACCUGGUCACUUAUGUUUCCUGCGCUUGACGUAGCUUAUUUAUUUAUGCGUUUUCAUUGGUUAUUUCUAAAGAUAUGCCUUUGCUCUGAUUGGCCAACGUGGCUGCUUUGCUUUUAUGGCGACACUCAAUUCAAACGCGAUCUGAUGAUCUUGUCACGUGCAGGCAGAACAGAAACAAACUCUUUUUAAAAAAGUUUGUUACAUUUACAGAAUUUUAACGAAUGCAAACUUAGAAGGAAACUGUAGUUUUUUCCAACUUGCUAUCCAUGUAAAGCUCUACAAGGCCUUAGGAACUAACACGAUGACUCACCAUCAUGAGCUGCCUUGUGGCCGCGGUCCUGACGUUACUGGAAAAGGAAAAUAAAUUCCGUCAUAUUGCCGGGCAAUUGUUUAAAAAGUUAUUACCACAGUUCCGUUUGGAACGUGAUAAAAUUUAUCAAAAAUUGAUGUCUUGGAGAUCACUAAAAUCUUUCAAAGAAGUCACACGACAGAUAAAAGUGUACAAAGUUGUCAGGUGCAUGCAGCCAUUGAUUCACGUCUUCCAUCUUCUUAAUCAGAAAAAGAAUCCGCACUUUGUUCUGCCCAGUGACUUUGUAAGCCCCGUCUUCAAAAGGAAAGCACUGCACAGUAAUAAGGGAUCAAAGAGUCCAAGUCCGGUGAAAAAACUUAAGGUAAUAGCACUACACCCGGAGGAGAUAUGGUUUAUCCUCUCCUGACCACAAAUGUUGACGAAAUAUUGUAUAAAUGUUGGUGAAUGGAUUACACUUAACACAGGUCCAUAUUUAAAUGAUUUAUGGCUUGCAUUGCGCCUGGGGAAAAUUGUUUUGGUAUUCAAAUAAGUGUGGCCACUCUCUUAUCAACGUCCUUGCAUGUACUCUUUUUCAAUAUUUCAUGGUUGAAAGUUAUUGCAACGGUCCCCGUUUUGUGUGCCAUGGGAUGAUUCAUACAUUUACUCUUCUUUGAUCGAACUACGACGACAACGGCCAUUCUAGUGCCUGCCCACUGCAACAGCCAAAAUAACAGCCAGCUAGUCACUGACUGAUGAACAACGUGACAAAAUGCGUGACAAUUCUCUCAGGCAAACGAACCCUGGUGGCCAAAGUAUAUUUCGUGAGAGAGGAAUUAAUUACUUUUCAGCAUUAAGAGCGGACGUUUAGCAAUCUAAUGUUAUCCUAGUACUUAACGCCAACUGUUUUGUUGACAAUCUAAUUAUGAUAACUUAUUUUUGGUUUCUUCUUCAUUUACUAUUUUGAUCAUUUCAUGUAUCUAGGUGCUGCAGUGAGCAUUUUCAAGUUUAAUUUUCCUCUUACCUUCCUAUAGUGGCUCCUCUCUUAAACAGGAAUUUCCCCUCUGUUCUCAAAGUGGACGUUGUAGAUGGUUCAGAUUCAAAUGUAAACAAAUUCUUCAAAAAGGUUCAUUUUGCCACAUCGCGCACCACCUCGACUGCCAAGAAAGCUUAUCUUUUGCAAAAACACAAAGCUGAGGAUUGCCAUUAUCGCAAGGUUUUUUAUUUUAAAUUUUUUUGUCGACAGCAAGCUUUCUCUGCAAGCUGCCUUCAGGUUCAAAAUAGUGACGAUGAGAAUCAGCCUGAAAACACUGAGGGAACAUUCAGUAAGUACAGAACUGCCUAUUAUUUCCCUCUUAUCGGCCUUUUUUUAGCCAGGUGAGUAAAGCGUUUACUGGGCGGAUUUCUGCGAAGGCAUACGAAGACCUCUCUCCGCUGGUACUGCAUUUUUCUGUUGCUCAGUUUUUCCCAAAAACCACAUGCGAUUCCCACUUAAAAGGAAAAGGAAAUUCAAUUUAUACAUAAUAGAAAAGAACAAUUAGCGACUUCCUCCCUUGUGCUUUCAUGAUGGUCUCUCCAGGGCCUGAAGUUACGAUGAUUAUCGAUGAGUCAUCGAUAACUCAUUGUAAACACACCGUUCGGUUAUUAUCAAUUUCUUGAUGAUGUGAUUCCGUUUCAGUGUCAAGCUACGAUUUAAAACCUCGUGAGACGGACAGCAAUCACAGCCUGUUGUCUUCAGUCAGGUAGAAAUGAUAUACCGCGAUAGAAUUAGACAUAUGAUGCUCGUUUAUCGUAAAUCACCUCAAACCUCUCCUGUCCAGGCAGGAAUGUACAGCAGAACUGUGGCCUCAUGGUCAGUGCGCUGGACGAGAGGUCUUGGUUCGAGUCUGAGACCGAGACCUGGCCGGGUGAAUAAGUUUUCUUGGAAAAAAUAUUCACCCUUACAGCGACUCUCUCCACUCCGGAGUAAAUGGAUACCCGCGAAUUGCCAGAUAAAUGCUGCGGGGGAGGGGGCUAACCUUACGAUAGACUAGCAUCCCAUCCAGGAAAGAGUUGUGAAACUUCAACCUGCUUCAUGCUAAGGAGCCGGGAGUACGCUCCACCUGGUUGGGCCAGGUUCGAGUACAGUUUUUACCUUUACCUUUUCAGCUGAGUGGUCAUAAUCUGGGGUCUUACUAGUUUUUUUCGAGGCUUGACAGGUACCUCUGUCAGUUCUCUUCCUUUACAGAGGGGUUCAUGUUUUCCUUUACCUUUGCUACACACUAGUGUGUAUGCUUUAGCUGACAAGCAAUGUACGCCCUCUGAUGCAGAAAGUGUUCUUUUCACAGAGGCAACACUAAGGCGUCGACAAGUCUGGACCCCACAAUUAUACACAUUAAUUAUAAAUCUUCCGUCGAUCUUUCCCUAAAAUCUUACCACUUAGCUUGCAGCCAUCUUCAUUGGCCACUUGCUUUGUAAUAGAAUCUCGAGGCCCGUUGCCACGCACGAUGUUCUCCGCACCGCAGUAAGGUGACGCAAAAACCUGAGCGAGAUUGGACCUUAGUUUAAGCUCCACACCCAACCUUUUAGGUCUCCUACUGCAAAAUCUUUCCAUUUGAUUUUCGUAUCAACUUCUCUCCUGAUAUAGCUGUCUGUGCAACGAUGCAUGCAAUUGUUCUGUCCAGCCGGUGCAUGGAAAUGACUACGUGAACCGCCAACGCAGUUGGAGCCAUGAAUCAUGUUCUUCCGCACCUAUGAAAAAUCUAAGAAUUCCUCUAAAGAUCGGAACGUCAGUUCCUUCAACCCCCCUAAAUCUCUCCCCCAGUGCCACGCCAAUUCUCUCGGGAAGUACAAGCAAAGGCAGCUCAGUUCAGGUGGGUGGUUUCAUGCUUGAAGAGAAGAGAGAUGACAUCUGCAUCGUGGUGACAGACGCUGAUCCAAAUCUAAACCCCUGGGGUAAUACAAGAAAAGUUUCCGCUGGGGAAAAGUGGAUGGCGAAUUUUGUAUCAGUAACCGAGCAAGAGAAGAAUGAACAAAACUUCCCGAAGAAAAGAUCGUCUACUCUGAGUAAGUAUUUUGAUUAUUCAUUGUUGUAGGGUUAUAUGUAAGAGGAAGGAGUAAAUUUUUUUUGUGGAAAAUUUUGUGGUUGAAAGGAUUGGUAUUAGGGAUACUCACUUCCAUGCCAUCCAACUGUCCAUCGGUUCUUUUUCUUCUUCUUUCUUUGUUUCCCCUCGUCUUUCUAUAUUGGAAAAACUUACGGAGGAAGUUUAAAAUGUUGAAACGAUAACAAGGCCAGACCAAAACACGGGGGCUACGUUCCCUAUCCUCUGUCUCCUACUUGUGUGGGUUCUUUGGUCCUGCUAACCAGUACAGAGAAAAGACGCAGGAGACGGAGCCCACAGUUCAUCAUCCUCAUCCGAGAACAUUUGACCAUUUAGCCAUUUGAAGAUGCCAUAACGAAGGAAGCACACUCUCCUCAGUUACUUUACGACCCUGAGUGUUUGUCUUGUCUGAGGCUUGAAACCUCGAUCGCCCGCACGUCAGUCCGGCGCUCUAAAACACCAAUCGAAGGGCUAACGCUCGAAACGUCAGCCUUUUAACUCUUUACGAUGGUCAGUUAACGUUAUCAACUCAAUUGAUACUACUAAAUCAUCCUGUUGCACUCUCCCACCGACGCACUUUCUUUAGAAACUUAAUCCCUUUAUUGCUCUAAAACACCUACUCACCAAGCCAAGGUAAUCUGAAUGAUACCCAGGCCAACUGUCGAUGAAAUCUCAUUUUGAGAACAUGGUCAGAGAGGUAAAUAGCACGAGUAAAAAGUACAAAAUCUUAAUCUCCACUUAAGGGGCGGCUGGAUGGGGUGUAUCAAGUGAACGAGAUCUGAUAAAGAUCAGUUGGGAUUCAUCAGCCGCUUUACGAUCCUAGGUCCAUCUAAGAGUGAGGAGCGACUGCGGAAUGAAAACAGAAGGAGAAGCCUUGAAGAAGACAUGAGGGAAGAACUAACACAGAAAGUCCUCCUGUCAUUUGCAAGACAGAUAGCCGUGGGCAUGGUAACUUAGAAGUGUGCUGCAUUUUAGCAAAAUCGUACCAUCAACCCUUUGCGUUCUGCAUGAUAUAUUAGGUCACGACAUGAGAUGAAACUGUCUUAGAUCAGAGGUUUCAAUAACUUUUCACUCGCAGGCUGAACAGACAGCAGUGAGAGGUUUUAUAGGCAGUGGCAGACCCCUCGUAGACUGCUUUUAUUGAAACUCCUGUCAAAUGUUUCCUUUCAUCAUCAUUUGAAAGGUGUACUUAAAAGAAAUAUUGUUGAAAGGUUUGGUACUUUCAAACACGCUUUACUUCGUCGAUUAUUUUAGGCGCAACCGAUUAAAUUUGUGUUUCAAUGCGUCUGAUGUGCUGUACAGUUUUUUUCUUUGCCAAAGUAUUUUUUUACUUUCACAACUUUCUUCGUCCUCUCAGGAAUACUUGUCACAGAAGAAGUUCAUUCACCGCGAUCUCGCAGCGCGUAAUAUUCUUGUCUGUGAUGAUAAUCUUGUCAAGAUAUCUGACUUUGGCCUGACCAGAGAUGUUUACGAGAGUUGUGAAUACCAAAAGGCCCAGAGUGCAGGAAAACUUCCCAUCAAGUGGAUGGCGAUUGAAUCUCUCUUCGACAAUAUUUAUACCACGCAAAGCGAUGUGUAAGCAGCUCAGUUUUUUUUCUCUUUCUUGUUAGAGUAAUUUUAUUGAGCGUAGAAAGCAAUUCGAGACUGCUGGCUCUUACAACAAACAAUAGAGAACAAAACGGUCGUUUGCAAGCUUUUCCUUGAGUUGUCAUUGGCUCCCUGUGAUGUCAUCUCUUUUCUGAUUGGGUGGUGUAUCUACUCUAGUUUUUUUAUCUUCGACGUUCAUCGAAAAUCGCCCUAAUUGACAUAUGACCAAGUCGUGAUUUUAAUCAAUUCAGAACUAAAGGGCUUAGUUAGGUAAUGAAGGUACAUUAUUUUUUCAAUUCGAAUAUGAUGCUUAGGCAAACAUAGUGACUGCGUAAAUUACCAUUCACACGACACAGAUAACGUUAGGGUCGCAUUAAAACUGAAUUUUUCAAGUUUAAAACAAAUUCCGGGAGGCAUACACUUAUACAAUUGCUCUUUGGAUAAAGGCGUCUUUUUUGAUCGAAUGAACUGAUCAAAACCAUUUCUUUGGUCAGUUUUACCUCUCAUCACUGGAAAGAUUGUGUACGUUUUCACCAGCUAUGCCAUUCCCAUGCUCUUAAUGAACAGUUUAAUAUGGAUGUAUAUUAUCAUAUGCAACGCGUGGGUCUGUACUUACAUCUCGAAUUGCACCGGGAGUGAACAGCCGCUUCCUCCAUCUCACCGAAAUAAUCGAUGCAAUCCAGCAGAUGGCUGAAACACGAAAGUUUUUAUCGUAACUUAAACAAGGGGGAGGGGGAAUGUGAAUUAAAAAAGGAAUAAAUGGCCAGGGCAUCGUGACCCUUUGCAAAAAUGGAAAAUGGCUAAGGAACUAACUUUAUCACUUUUUUAUUUGUAUUUUAGGUGGUCGUACGGCAUUGUGCUCUGGGAAAUCAUUACUCUGGGUAAGCACAUUCCUUUUAUCCAUGCUUUGAAGCAACAGUUUUCUAAAUGAUGUAUUCUGAAGGAAGAGUUUGAUCUUACAUAGGCCUCAACAAUCAUCUUUCUAUUUCACAUCGCAAGAGUUGCCAUGAUAACACGUCACAAGUACAUGUUUCUGCCUCAUCGUUGUGGUCCAGAACUUAUCAGCCCUUUUUACAUUUCUGUGGCAUUUUUCAUGGCGACAGCUACAACCAGGAUCGCAAAAGAUCCUGUCAGGGAUUCAUGAGACCUUUUUUCCAAACUAGCACUUUAUUCAGCGCCAUUUUGCCAUAGAAAAACAGUUUGUAGGUUUUGACCAACCUACAAAACUUACAAAAACUAAAUUAUAAAGGAUUAUCUGACUUUCUAAUAUUCACCAUUAAUGGUACAUUUUAAGUGCGGAUCUGACUGAUGAACAUUUCAUUCAAUCAGGUGGUUCUCCCUAUCCUGGUAUAUCAGGUCGAGAUAUUCAUAAGCUAAUCAAGAAUGGAUACAGAAUGGAGAGACCGGAAACGUGCAGUCAGCAGAUGUGAGUUGGAUGAGAAACAAAAAGCAUCCUUCUGAACUUUUAUCCUUAUUACUAGGAAUCUACCACUUACAUAAGAUCAGCAAUUUUCAAACAGCCCAGCCCUGUAUAUCAUUUUAGGUGCGCUGAAGGUCUGUCGUCAGGCCUCAUAAGCGAUUGUUAUCUGGCAACCAACCCCGGUUGACCGAGUUUCUUUGUAACAAUUUAUUACAAAAACAUUGAGUUUAACAUUUUUGCGUACGUAAUUUCCGUGCUGAACGUGUCAAGUUGAGUUGUCAUUUUGAAAGUGUUUCAACUUUAUGAGUUGGCCGACUUUUGUUCUUACUUUCGAUGAUCAUAUUUUUUUUUCUGUCAUUUCUUCAGCUACCAAAUCAUGUUAUCCUGUUGGAGAGCUAAUCCAGAAGAAAGACCAAGCUUCACAGAUCUGAGAAACGAGCUCGAGAAACUGCUAGAAGAACAGGGGGACGAACAAUAUAUAAGUGUCAACUGCGCUGAUUUUGAUGAUUACUGUGCUCUGGUUGGAAACCAGAGCAGCUCAAGUGAAAACGAAGAACUUGCCUUGCUCACGAGUGAUCAAAGUACAGCGAUAUAGACAUACGCGCACAAAUGCCCAGGAUUUAUAAAAUGAAGCAAUCUCAGCAAAACACUACUAUCGAUAUAAGUGAGACAAAGCAUGUACUUGGAAAUAGUUUUUAAAAAUCAGUUAGUCAGCCUUUGCUUCCUCUACGAACCUAGUGGUGCAUUAAAGGUCUUUUCCUAAGGUUGGGAUAAUCUGGGGUUUAGUGAUUAAAUCUGCGGUAAAUGUCACCAGAAAUUCCAAUCAGAAUUAGAGCGGAGGAGCCAAUAAGAUCUCAAAAUAAUUCGAAGAGAAACUCGCUUCAAACGCGAGAAAUGACAGUGAUCAAGUUGCCAAUGAUCUACUCUUGUAUCUGAUUGGGUGAAAGGGUGGCGUGAGUUUGUUCGACCAAUCACAGAGUGAAAGAACGAAAACCGGUGCACCCUCUGUCACCCCUUGUUCAAUUAAUACAGAAAAGUGGCGCCUCUUAGAGUAGCCUUUGUUAUAUCAUGUAAAUCAUUUUAUGAUAACUUAAAGUUGAAUUGAAAUCGAUAUUUUCGAAUAAUAAUUUCCUUCUCUCUUUCAUCUACUAUGCACCCUGUGAACGUACAACUUAGCGGGAAAGAUUUAACUGUCCGGCCCGCUAAAAUUAUAUGGUUGUCACUGAUGCAGAAGUCUUCUUAAAUUUGGCGGGCUAUAAAAAGUUUGAGCCAUCGUUUUUCUGUAAAUCGUGUUUAAUUUUUGCAGAUGACUGAGCAAUGAUUACGAGUUUUCAAUCAUUUGAAACUUUUUGACUCUUAGGUUUAAAUAGGGUGAUGGAUUUUACAGGUAACGGUUAAGAUUUUUGCCAUUGUACGAGUUACAAUUAAUUCUUUCGGUCACGGUCAAAAGAAAAACCUUUUACGGUUAACUUUUCACUUUGACGAUCGGUUAAAAUUUGCAAAUUUCACGCCUAACUGUUUUUUUUCCUCUUUUGCCUUUAUAUGGUAAACGGUUAACCUCAUUAAAACCCUCAUAAUAUACAGCAGUGAUAAAAUUAAUGUAAAUAGAUACAAUGUAAAUAUUAUUCCACAAUAAAGAUGUAG